UAUUUUAUUUAAUUUAAUAUCAGAAAUAUAUAUAUAUAUAUGUGUGUGUGUGUGUUUUGGGACAGCUCUAUGUCAGAAAUCCGUGGUAGAGAAGAAAAAAAAGAAAGAAAAAAAGGAAGAGAAAGAACAAAGGAGAAGGAGAAAGAAAAGUAGGAGACACGAACACAAAAACGGAGGAAAAGAAAAUAAAGUAAAAAAAAAAAGGGGGUUUGUGUCUCCUCGAAUUGAGCUUUGAAGAAAGAGAGAGAGAGAGAGAAAUGGCAAUGGAAUAUGAGAGUAACAAUUGGAUUUGGGAAUGGAUGUAUAACACGCCACAUCUGUUUGGCGGAUUAAUGCUAACGGCAGCUUUGCUCGGGUUUUCAACUUCUUAUUUUGGUGGGAUUGGGAAUUUCCCAGUGUCUUAUGCUUGGUCAAAUUUAGGGUUCUUACUCAAGAAGAAGAGGGAGAAGAGGCGCGUACGGGUUUACAUGGAUGGAUGCUUUGAUCUCAUGCAUUAUGGUCAUGCCAAUGCUUUGAGGCAAGCUAAAGCUUUGGGAGAUGAACUAGUGGUGGGUGUCGUGAGUGAUGAGGAGAUUAUCGCUAAUAAAGGACCUCCUAUUCUAUCCAUGGAAGAGAGGCUGGCACUUGUUAGUGGAUUAAAGUGGGUGGAUCAAGUAAUAGCAAAUGCCCCUUAUGCAAUUACUGAGGAAUUCAUGAACAGUCUGUUCAAUGAGCAUAAGAUUGACUACGUAAUACAUGGUGAUGAUCCAUGCCUUCUCCCUGAUGGAAGUGAUGCUUAUGCCUUGGCAAAGAUAGCUGGCCGCUACAAGCAGAUUAAGCGCACUGAAGGUGUCUCUAGCACGGAUAUUGUAGGAAGGAUACUUUCAUCUGUAAAUGAUAAUAAAGGCGUUGGAGAUAAUAAUAGCACACUUUCGAAGGUAGAUUCUGGCAAAAGGCGUCAAUUACAAAGGGGUCAGCUUUCUCAAUUUCUACCAACAUCUCGGAGGAUUGUGCAAUUCUCAAAUGGCAAGGGACCUGGACCAAAUGCUCGCAUUGUCUACAUUGAUGGGGCAUUCGAUCUCUUUCAUGCCGGGCAUGUGGAGAUCCUCAAGAAGGCAAGGCAGCUUGGAGACUUUUUGUUAGUUGGUAUCUACCCUGACUAUAUUGUGAGUGAGCAGAGGGGAAUGCCGUACCCAGUUAUGCAUUUACUUGAGCGCACUCUUAGUGUGUUAGCUUGCCGUUAUGUUGAUGAAGUUAUCAUCGGUGCACCUUGGGAAGUUACAAAGGACAUGAUUACAACUUUCAACAUUUCUUUGGUUGUGCACGGGACAGUUGCGGAGAGUAACUCUUCGUUGCCUGGUGAAACUGAUCCAUAUGCAAUUCCUAAGAGCAUGGGAAUUUUCCGGUUGCUUGAAAGCCCCAAAAGUAUAACCACAAGCUCUGUAGCCCAAAGGAUAGUCACCAAUCAUGAGGUUUACAUGAAACGCAACGCCAAGAAGUUGCAAAGCGAAAAGAAAUACUACGAAGAGAAGGCAUAUGUUGCAGGGGACUAGCAUAUAUAUAUAACAGGUAUUAUUGUUAGAUGAUAGCAAAUUUGGUAAAAAGCUCUUCAUGCAGCCUUUUGACCAUUCAUGUAGAUGCUUUGCUGAAGACAUUUAUUUCAAAGAUAGGAGGAUAAGAAGACAUGACAUUGGAAGACAUCAAUACCAGAAACUUCCAAAUGAACAGUUUUUUAAAAAAAAUCUUUUAUUAUUGUUAUUAUCAUUAUUAUUAUUCAUCCUGUUUUUUUUUGGGGAGAUGUAGAGGAAUCUUUAUAAUAAUUUGUUUACUACUAAUAUGCUUGUUAGCAAUGUAAUCACUGAUUAAUUUAAAAGCCUUGUAAUUUAGAGUGUUACAUAUGUUUUGCAUGCUUUGACAGUGGUCAUGUAAAUUAAGAAUCGAGUCUUUUUCUUAA